AUGCCGGUUUGUCGCCGGACGCCACCGGCCAAGCGCGCCGAGAAUGAUUAUUUGAUCAAGAAUUCGUCCAACGUCACGUCCCAGGGCGGCGAAGACGGCGCACUCGAGCGCGUCUUUUCGCGCCUCGACGAGCACGAAGGUCGGUCGUCGGGCGCCGGGCGAUGGUGUGUCGAGUUUGGCGCGUGGGACGCAAGCACCUUUCCAACACGUGGAAGCUUUUGCACGAAGAGGGCUGGCACGGCGCGCUCAUCGAAGCCGACCUUUCUGGAAAUGCAGACCAUGUACGCGCCGUUUCCGGGCGUUGCGUGCGUCAACCAGUUUGGCACAUUCGACGGACACGACUCGCUCGAGGCCAUUCUGGCCCGGCACGAAGUGCCACUCGACGUGAAUCUGGUGUCGAUCGCCAUUGACGGCGCGGACUACCACAUCUGGGAGAGCCUGCGCACAUACGCGCCCAAGGUCGCCGUGAUCGAGUUCAACCCGACGAUCCUGAACAACGUUGCCUUUAUCCAAGACAAGGACAUGUCCAUCUACCAAAGUUCGUCUCUCGCGGCGCUCAUCGAGCUCGGCAAGACCAAAUUCCUUCAACUUGGUUACGAGCUCGUGAGCACGACGACGUUCAACGGCGUCUUCGUCAAGCGCGAGUUCUACGACCUCUUUGGAAUCGCCGACAAUGCGAUCGACAAGAUGCACGAUGUGUCGAUGGGCACCGAGUUCUCUCAGCUCUACGACGGCACGCUCAAGAUCACUGGCGUCAAGAAGCUCCUUUGGAAGAAGCAGCCCAUUCUCGAGAAGGAUAUCCACGUGCUGCCGCCGUCCGAACGCAAGUUCCCGCUCUCGCCACCAACUGCGCCACUCGAAGCUGCGAUUGCUGCUGCCGACGCGCUCUUUACUGCCGCGUCGACGCCCGCGACCCACUUUCUCGACUUGGCGCAGCAGUGGAGCUACCACGUCACGUACCCGCACCCCGACUUGCAGCGUUUGGCCGGCUACGCUUUGGCGCGUGCGCCCGACGACUGUGCGACUGUGGCUGCAGUCUUUGAGAUCUACCUCGACCACGCUCGGGCGCUGUUCACCAAGAACGAACCUAGCAGCGCCAUUCCGUGGCUCGAAGAAGCCUUGUACUUGCGCGUCUCGCUCGCUGCGCUGAAGGCACCAAUGAUGGCGCUGCUCGGCGAGGCCUUUAUCCGGUCCCACGACUACGCCAAGGCCGAGCUAUGGCUUCAGACGGCGCACGCCCUCGACCCGGCGGCGAAAACGACGCUCAAGUCGCUCGUACCACAGCUCUUCCAAACCACCAUUCGGAUGAUCAUUUUUUAGGCAAAACUCUACACCAAGCAAGGC